AUGAGGGAAGGGAGCGAGCCAAACACACAUAUCGCAUUAAAGAUGUCUUAUAAACCAGUAACGCAUGUGCUUUUUGAUAUGGACGGUUUGUUAUUGAAUACAGAGAGGUUGUACACAGUCUCAUUCCAAGAAGUCUGUGACAGGUUCAAUAAGAAGUACAAAAGAGAAGUGAAGUCCUCUGUGAUGGGCAAAAAGGCUCUGGAUGCUGCCAGGAUCAUCAGAGACAAACUGGAACUCUUUAUGACACCUGAGGAGCUCCUGGAGGAGAGCAGGAAAAUUCAGGAGCAAUUUUUUCCCACAGCGUCUCUAAUGCCAGGCAUAAAGAAGCUUGUCAGUCAUCUCCACAAGCACAGCAUUCCUAUUGCUGUGGCCACGAGUUCAGCAGGCCUGACUUUUGAGAUGAAGACCAGCUGUCAUAAAGACUUCUUCAGCCUCUUCACACACAUUGUACUUGGAGAUGAUCCAGAAGCAAAAAGCGGCAAACCACAACCAGACAUCUUUUUGGUGUGUGCCGAGAGAUUCUGUCCCCCAGUAAACCCUGAACAGUGUCUGGUAUUUGAAGACGCUCCAAAUGGGGUAAAGGCAGGCCUGGCAGCUGGGAUGCAGGUGGUGAUGAUCCCAGAUGAUAAUCUGGACCGCAGCUUGACCCAGGAGGCCACUUUGGUGCUGAGAAGCAUGGAAGACUUCAGACCGGAAUUAUUUGGUCUGCCAGCUUACCAAUGACAGAAAUCAAUGCAGUGAUUUGAAUAACGCUGGACUAGAUCUCAUCACUUUAUGAAAAAUUAAAUGAGGCUGCAGUUUGGCUUAUCAAAUUAAAAUACAGGAGAAACUAAUCUCUAGCACUAUUUCUGUCAUCAUCCAUGAACAAAGAAGAAUGAUCUUCUCUUGGCUUCACAGUUUUGAUUUUGUCAGAAAGUCACUGUGCUAAAUCUCUGUCUGAAUGUUUGCCAAAAUGACACCCAGACUCAUUUUAAUUAUUCUGCUCAAUUACCCUCAGUCGAACCAUAGCCAGUGCAGCUUUUAACAUGUUUACAACUUUUACUAUUUACACUAUGUGAGAGUUCAACAGUCCCUCUCAACCAUAUAUGAUUUCUAUUACUGUUACCUUUACUCCCUGGAAAGCUGUAAUAAAGUACCAGGAAGAUUUCCGAGUUCAAACCACAUGGCCUAAUCCAAUAACUGGGAUCUGAGAACGCAGUCUUCUUUCAUCUUCUCUCCAUGUCUGUCUUCACUGAGCUGGAGUUUGCAUGUCCCCUCUUUAAACUGUCCAACAUAUCAGAGAACUCAAGCCCAUCUCUGAGGAACAGAAGUGAGGGAAGCCUAUAGACCUAUUUGCGCUGGUUGGUUGGAUUACACGACCAUGCUUCUCUUGAACUUAGUUAAAUUAAUCUCAUAUGACAAAAUACUACAUUAGUAUCCCUUUCAGCAUCCCUACGCCUGUUCAAACAAGCGGAAGGAGAACGCCCUGCUAAAUAAACAAUAUAACAUUGACAGAAAUUC